UUGCUCUGCACCACACAAAUGAAAACGCGGUUGAUGGGAGACCCGUCGAAAUUUUGAUAUACUUACAUCUGCCAAAGGUAGGAUCCGAGUGGACUGAGCACAAGAGGACAGAAAGAGAAGGGUCCUCCAUGGCUGCUCAAACACUCCAACAGCCCAGUUUCUUACUGGCAAACCUUAAAGCAGAUUCUACCACUAAACCUCUUCUCCAUCGAUGCCAAGAUCUGGUGAAGGUCAUAGAUGACUAUCCUGCCAAGGAGCUGCAUUUGAUUUUCCCAUGGCUGGUGGAGAAUGUGUUUGGCAGUCUGGAUGGUGUCAUUACAGGCUGGAACCUGCGACUCCUCCAUUCACGCAGCCAGGACUACAACACUGUAAUGGAAUUUCUAAACCCAAGUGGGCCAAUGAUGAAGCUGGUGUAUAAACUUCAAGCAGAAGAGUACAAAUAUGAAAUACCAGUCAACUAUCUUCCGGGUCCUGUGAAGGUCUGUAUUCAAGAAGGAGUGCCAGUUCCCGACUGUCCCCUGUUUCAAAACAAGGUGCAGUUCCCCCUGGCUGGGCUACUGAACCUCAACCUGGCUCUGAAUCCAUUUGAGUUCUACAUGUUCAACUUUGCCCACUGUCUCAUCACACCAAAGAACUUCCCUCCAGGCCAACAUGGGAGCAACACAGACAGUGCCUACUUUGUGUUAGUGGAUACUUACCUCAAAUUCUUCCUGCCCAGUGAAGGGAGUGUGCCCCCCUCCCCUUUCUCUGACUCCAGAGGCUCUGUCACUGCCCCAUCACCAAGAUCUUCUGGUGUUUCCUUUGCUAGUUAUGGAGUUCACAGUCCCAGCCUCCUCAAACAUCACAUAUUUCAUCAGCCCUCAGUUAAUGCAGACCCUGCAGCGCAGGAAAUCUGGAGGUCUGAAACGCUGUUACAGAUGUUUGUGGAGGUAUGGCUCCAUCACUACUCCUUGGAAAUGUACCAGAAGUUGCAGUCUCCUCAGGUGAAGCUGGCGCUGCUGCAGUACCGCCUCAGUAUGUCCAGCAUGCCGUGCCAACCCCACGCCCCACCAGGCUCUGGGACCCUCCACACCUACCAAGUACUUUUACCUUUUCAUUCACCCCCGCCCCUCUGGGGCCUCCUGGAGGAACCCUUCAGUCCAACAGAAGAGCAUGUGCUGGUUGUGCGUCUCCUGGUGAAACAUCUGCACGCCUUCUCCAACAGCCUGAAGCCUGAGCAGCUGUCCUCUUCACCCUCAGCCCACUCGCACACUCACACCAGCCCACUGGAAGAGUUCAAAAGAGUGGUAGUGCAGCGCUUUGUGCAACAGAAGCUAUACCUGUUUCUCCAGCAUUGCUUUGGUCAUUGGCCACUGGAUGCCUCCUUCAGAGCAGUUUUGGAGACCUGGCUGAGCUACGUCCAGCCCUGGAGAUACACAGGAGAGAAGAAUAAUCAGCCUCAGACAGACCAGAACAGAACGGUUCCUGACAAAUGGGAGAUGUUUGUUCAGGAGAACCUGCUCAUGUACACCAAACUCUUCCAAGUGUUUUUGAACCGAGCUGUUAGGACAGAUCUAGUCAAUGCCAAAAAUGCACUGAUGGUCUUCAGAGUGGCCAAAGUGUUUUCUCAGCCAAACCUUGCAGAGAUGAUCCAGAAAGGUGAGCAGCUGUUUCUGGAGCCAGAGCACGUCCUCCACCACCGUCAGCCUCGUGGCUAUUUGACGCCCAGCCAAGGAGGCAGCUACCUGUCAUCACGACAACGGGUAGUGACUGACAUGGUGUUCAGGGUGAAGAGCCACGUCUACUCUUUGGAGGGUCAGGACUGCCAAUACAAACAGAUGUUUGGCACAGAGCUCAGAGGAACAGUGAUGAAAUUAAUCCAGAUCAUCGCACAAGCCAGACAGACUGCCAAGAGGAUCUCAGAUCACUCCACUGAGGUGACAGCCAAUAACUCAUUCUUGUCCUGGUUUGGGCUGGCCUCCCCUGAUCUCAAUAACACCUUCAGUGGAGCUGAGCCAGAGGAGAGUGGCGAGUGUCUGAAGAAGACACACGAGUUCCUGGAGAGAGCUUUGGAGAACUUAUGUCAGAUAUUCAAGCUGAACCAAGGGCAGCUAACACAGCUCAUCUCAAACCUGGGUUCUUCUCAAGACAACGGCAACUGCAAGCAGCUGCCCGACUGCAUUCAGGGAGAGAAUGGACUCAUCCUCACUGAUCUGGGCCGGAUGCAGAUUAUAAAUGGACUGCGCAGGUUUGACAUUCAGUACCAAGGAGACCCAGAGCUCCAACCCAUCAGGAGCUAUGAGAACGCCCUGCUGGUCAGGCUUUUCUACAGGAUAUCUUCUUUGGUUAACAACAUAUUUGGAGCCCACAUGAAUGCGCUCUGCUCACGGCCAGACUUCCUCGGUCGUCUGGGGCGUCACUACCUGUCGGAUCCUAAUUCUUCCACCCAACUAAAACAGAGUCCAGUGACACAGCGGAUGUUGGAAAGGAACCGACUGCCACGGCUCAGCCUGAGACCUUUGGCCAGCUACAGGACUCUACUGAUGCUGCUGCUCUUCUACACGUUUGGAGCCCUCCUGUCAUUUGGUCCCAUGUCCAGUACUCUGCUCAUCCUCUGUGGAGGAUUCCUGUAUGGACUAUUGAUGACACUGUUUGGAGACAAACUAAAAACUCACUAGCUAAAUCACAGGGUUCCUACAUGGGAUUAAUGUUAUCAAAUCUAGCUUUUAACAUCUUUAACCAACCAAAGUAGCAGUUUAGUAGUCCCUUGGAAUAUGUAAAGAGUGUAAUUUUAAUUUAUCUUGACAUACAAUAUCUUUAAUUAUACCAUAUUUUAAUUUUCUACACUUUACAGAGAAAUUUGAGCCUUUUUUAGUAUUUGUUAUGAAUAUUAGGAGCAAUUGUGAAAUCUAAAACUACAUGGCCUACAGUUCAAUUUGUAUAUUUCGGAACUUUGACCUCUUCAGUCAGGAGAUGUGUAGGAACCCUGUUGGUAGCAGAGCAACAACAGACUGGCAGCUCUUCUUUUGAUAUGACGCCUUGAUUGUUUUGGAUGUGAUUUACUUUUUCACCAUCAUCUGAAUCCUUUGAAUCGGAUGUAUGCCCAGAAAUUCAGAUUGCACUGAUUGAAUAAACUGUUCAUUUCAGUGGAAGCGGAAGACGUUUUUGUCCAAAAGGCUCAAUAAACUGUUUGCACUUGUUAGUA